AUGGACCGUUUUAAUUUUAUAUUUUUGGCACUAAUACCCGCGAUAUUGUGCUACGAUGCAGCGUACGACAAGGUGGACGCCGGAAAGAUCCUUGCAGAUGACGCAUUGUUUACUUCCUACAUUGAUUGCUUCCUUGAUAAGAAACCCUGCACAGCUGAAUAUUCCACCGAAUUCAAGGAACUCUUGCCUGAAGUAAUAAAAGAGGCCUGCGCAAAAUGUUCCGAUUUGCAAAAGAAAAACGUAAGGAAAAUCGUCAAAGCGCUUUUCGAGAAGAAACCCAAAGAUGCCAUUGCAUUUCAAGAAAAAUACGACCCAAAACGCGAAUACGAGGCCGACUUCGCAGCUUUUGUUGCUGAGGAA